ACACCGGAAGUCGUUUGUUUAGCUCCACCCCGCGCGGGCGAAUUUGAAAGAAGAGCCGAUUCGUUUACACCCGAGAACAGAGGUAUUUGUUUUUAUGUAAGUCCAUAUAACGUUAAGAGAACAUUUAACGGAUUGGUCGGUGUAAGUAUAACAAAGGCGCAGCUCUUGUAGGUUGUUUGUUGUUGUGAUCGUCAGUGUGUCGAGUUAGCUUAGCAAGAUGAGCAACAAAGCCGCAGGGUUACCGAGCAAGAGCAGCGCUGGAAGCAGAAAGUCUGAUGGAAGGAGGUCCAGCAGGUUAUCUGCGAGCGAGGAAACCCUGUCCACUGAAGCGGAGGCUCCAGCUGUGGCUGUGAAGCGGUCGAUCACGGUCAGGAAAAUUGCACCCAGGAAAACUCAGGCGCUGUGUGGCGGUAACAAGGAGAAUGUGGAAAGAUUAUCUGAAGCAUCAGCGCCCAGCACAGCGGUCCUCUCGCCCAUCCUGCCUCCUUUGUCUCCGUCUGCGCAGCCCAAAGAACCGGAGCAGGACCCUGUUUGGCCCCAGAAAGUGCGGCGCUCCUACAGUCGCCUGAGUGUGGGGGACAGGUCCUGCGACAGCCCCAAAUCCCUUCCUGCACCGUCCACUUCUCCCAACACCCCAGAGACCCUGUUUGGGUUCGAGAGGCUUCAGACGCCAGAGGUGAUGUGUAAAGCAGAGGGAUCUCGACUGACUCCUCUGGGCUUCUCAAUGGGUUCCUUCAACAUCUCCGCUGCUGAUGACAGUGCGUCCAACCCUCCAGAGAUCGAUCCCAACAUCCCGGGGGUGUGUCUGGGGAAGAAGACGGCCAGGAGGAAGCGCGUACAGCAGAUAAAGAUGUCGGAGCUGGACGCUCUUGCCGCGGAGAUGAAUGCAGAGUUUGAGGAAGCGGAAAGUUUUGACCUGUUUGUUGAAUAAAGAGCCACACGCUCGGGACAUUUUCAGGACACGUCAUACUUCUCAGCUUACCGCUUCAUUAUUAUUCAUCACGUUUACUGCCCUCUGUUGAUUUCUGCUUGCUAAAUCUUACUUCACUGAAAGCUUGUUUUCAGAGUUUUGUUGCUCUGAUAUAAUUUGAUUUCCACAAUGCUACAAUCAUCAAUAAAUCUUUGAAUGACAUUCAGAGAUUUCACAGAUGAAAAAACCUGUUGGUCUUUGUUUUUGUUUUUCCGUAUUUGAUUUAUCAGUUUGGUUAAAAUCAUUUAGCCCAAAUCUCAUGGUAGAUGUUUUUUGUUUACUACACAACCGUAGAGGCCUAAUGUUUGAAUAAAUAGCGGUUUAGAGGAGUAGUAGCCUGUAGAGCUGAAAGUGUGCAUUCUGUUGUAAAAAUAAGAUCUGUAGACAUGAAGCAGUUGCUGACAUUCUUUUUUAAAUUUUUUUAUACAUUUAGCCUUAUUUAACAUUGUCUACUUUGUCUUGUCCUUUGUUGUGUAAUGAGAAGGAAACUAUUUUGUGAAGUGUUUUUGUUUUGUUUUCAUUAAAUUGAAGU